AAAUACAUUUUAAAUGUGAACGGGAAAAUACUCGGUUUGAAUUAUAAUAUGCACUUUUGUUUUAGUCUUUCCUCUGAGCGACGUCAUUUUAUCUUACGAUUUCAUGGCCGACAGAUGUGUGAUAAAUAUUAUUUAAGAUAAAUAAAUAUUUUAACAUAAUAACCAACGCCUCCGGCAUAGCUCUUGUGUAAGAUUACUUGUAAAUAUAUAGUAUUAUCAAUUUUACUAUAUAUUUAUCGUGUCAGUGCAUGGCUAUACGCUUUAAAAUGACAAAAGCAAAAGUUUUGAGCCUCACUGGAGUUUUACUUCUUCUGACGGUGGGGUGCCUCACAAUUGUGUUGGCUGCACCUGCCGCUAAAACGGAAAAUCCUCACAAUAGAGAAUAUAAUUCUUGUUCGCCUGUAGUCAUCGCUCACAGGGGUGCGAGCGGUUACAUACCAGAACAUACCCUGGGCUCCUACGCAUUGGCCAUCACUAUUGGAUCCGACUUCGUGGAACCCGAUCUAGUCAUAACAAAAGAUGGCCAUUUAAUUGCGAGACACGAUAAUGAAUUGGGGCUAACCACAGAUGUUGGGAAUCAUCCCGAAUUCUCUGACCGUUAUCGAACACAGCGGGUAGAUGGAAAAGAGAUUUCAGGAUGGUUCACAGAAGAUUUCACUCUCAAAGAAAUCAAAACAUUAAGAGCCAUAGAACGUAUCCCCGACAUAAGACCCGGAAACGCAAGAUUGGAUGGUAUAUUUGAAGUGCCAACAUUCCAAGAAAUAAUAGACUUGGUCAAAAGCAUGCAAUCUAGUCAGAGAAGAAACAUCGGUAUUUAUCCUGAAAUAAAACACAGUACUCAUUUCGAACAGUUGGGACUGAAAAUGGAAGAAUUAGUUGUAAAUACUUUUCAUGAAAAUGGUUACAGAGGCUUCGAAGCACCUGUAUACAUACAGUCUUUUGAAGUUAGCAAUUUAAAAGAACUGAGGACAUUGACAGAUUUGAAAUUACUACAACUAUAUGAAAGUGAUGUCACUCUUCGACCAGCAGAUCAAAUCGCUCGUAAUACUAACCUCACGUACGCGAAAAUGUUGACUCCCGAAGGAUUAAAGGAAGUUUCCAAAUACGCUAAUGCUGUAGGGCCAGACAAAAGCCUUAUAAUCCCUCGAAACAAUGAUAAUACUUUAGGUGAGCCCACUAGUUUCGUUGCCGAUGCUCAUAAUGCAGGUUUACAAGUGCAUCCAUAUACUUUCCGAGCUGAAAAUGAUUUCUUACCUAAAGAAUUUAAAUCUGAUGAUUCUGAUUCCUCUCGCAACGCUAGAGGAAAUUUGAAAGGAGAAAUUGAAGCGUUCAUCGCAGCUGGUAUUGAUGGACUAUUUACGGAUAAUCCAGAUGUACCGGUUAUCCUACGUGGAAAGUGUUCCAACAAUUAAAUGCAGUGAAAAUAAACUUUUAACAUAAUGUAAAAUUAUGUAACAUAAAGUCAGUUUUUAUAGUAAUUACGUCAUUACAGCUAAUAUUUAUUGCAUGUUUUUCUUGCAUGAAAAUUAUUUGUAUAUAAAAUAACAUCAUUCUCAUCCUAGAAGCAAAGUAGUUUAAGAAUUUAAUAUUAUGUAAAUAUUGAAAUAAUUUUAUAUUACUAAAUACAAUAUACGUUGAUAAUAGCAAAGUGUAACCCGGUUAAUUAGUUUAUUCACACAUUUUUAAGAUAAAAUGCUGGUUAACACAAAUAGUUUCAAAUAAUGGUGGUGAUAAAUCCAUUAACAUAAAAUUCAUAUGUUUAUAGAAGAUAAUACUUACUUUAUUUUUAUGUCCUUUAUCUGUUUUAUUUCACACAUUACAAUGUAUUUAUUACGAACAUAAAUGACGUAGACAUAUAUCUAAAAUACAUAGUAUAUUUAUCUUCGUAUCCAUUAUAUAAGUCAACAAAUUAAAAAGAAAUUUCACCAGUUCUUUUCCAUUGGAGAUGUUUGUUUAAGUGACUCAUUAAUUGUAGGAAUUGUUAAAUUAGUAAUGCAAGAACAUCGUCAAAUCUAUCAACUACUUACAAACCUUUAGAAAAAUUAAAACAAUCAAGUUAUAAUUUAAAAAAAAAUAACACGUCACUCACCACUAUAACUUGUGAGGUGAGAUCUAAUACUUUCGGGAGUAUUCAUUGAAAUAAAACUAAUAUUUUCAAUGUA